CUGACAGCCAUGCGAUCCUCUGUGGCUCGGCGGACAUACUCCACCAAAGGGGGCUUCAGCUCCAACUCUGCCAGUGGAGGGGGUGGCUCCAGGGCCCACACCAGCUUCAGCUCUGUCACGAUAUCCCGGAGCAGUGGCAGUGGCGGGAGGGCCCGCUGUGGCCCUAGUAUGGGUGGCUUUGGCAGCCGGAGCCUCUAUAACUUGGGGGGCAACAAGAGCAUCUCUGUCAGUGUGGCUGGAGGGACCUCCUCAGGGAGGGCCCUAGGAGGCUUCAGUCAUGGCAGUGGGGCCUACAUGGGCCUGGGGGCUGACAGGCAGACAUUUGGGCCUGUCUGUCCUCCUGGUGGCAUCCAGGAGGUCACUGUCAACCAGAGCCUGCUGACCCCCCUCAAUGUGGAGAUUGACCCAGAGAUCCAGCGGGUGCGCACCCAGGAGCGGGAGCAGAUCAAGACCCUCAACAACAAGUUUGCUUCCUUCAUCGACAAGGUGCGUUUCCUGGAGCAGCAGAAUAAGGUGUUGGAGACCAAGUGGGCGCUGCUGCAGGAGCAGGGCCAGAACUCGAGCGGCACUAGGAACAACCUGGAGCCCCUGUUUGAGGCCUACACGGGCAGCCUGCGCAGGCAGCUGGACAACCUCCAGGGCGAGCGCGGGAGGCUGGACUUAGAGCUGAAGAACAUGCAGGAUCUCGUCGAGGACUUCAAGAACAAGUAUGAAGAUGAAAUCAACAAGCGUACUGCUGCCGAGAACGAGUUCGUGGUGCUCAAGAAGGAUGUGGAUGGUGCAUACAUGGGCCGGAUGGAUCUGCAUGGCAAAGUGGGCACCUUGACAGAGGAGCUCGACUUCCUGAAUCAGCUCUAUGAAAUGGAGCUGAGUCAAGUGCAGACCCAUGUGUCUGAUACCAAUGUCGUCCUCUCCAUGGACAAUAACCGCAAACUUGACCUGGACAGCAUCAUCGCUGAGGUGAAGGCCCAGUACGAGCUGAUUGCCCAGAGGAGCAGGGCUGAGGCAGAGGCCUGGUACCAGACCCAGUAUGAGGAGCUGCAGGUGACGGCUGGGAAGCAUGGGGACAAUCUGCGGGAUACCAAGAAUGAGAUUGCUGAACUCACCCGCACUGUCCAGAGGCUGCAGAGUGAGGUAGAUGCAGCCAAGAAGCAGUGCCAGCAGCUCCAGACUGCCAUCGCGGACGCAGAGCAGCGUGGGGGUUUGGCAUUAAAGGAUGCUCAGAAGAAGCUUGGGGACCUGGAUGCGGCCCUGCUCCAGGCCAAGGAGGACCUGGCUCGGCUGCUGCGUGACUACCAGGCCCUCAUGAACGUGAAGCUGGCCCUGGACGUGGAGAUUGCCACCUACCGAAAGCUGCUGGAGAGCGAGGAGAGCAGGAUGUCUGGAGAAUGCCCCAGCGCUGUCAGUAUCUCGGUGACUGGCAACUCUACCACCGUGUGCGGAGGCGGUGCAGCUGGCUUUGGGGGUGGCAUCUCUCUGGGAGGGAGUGGGAGUGCCAGCAAGGGUGGCUACAGCACCAGUGUGGGCUAUGGCACUGUCAAGGGAGGACCUGCUUCUGGGGGCACCUCCAUCCUGCGGAAGACCACCACAGUCAAGACGUCCAGCCGGAGGUAUUAGCUGACGAGCCUUGCAAGCUGGGGCCCCUGUAGUCCUCUCCCCACCCCACUCACCC